GUCCCCCGCCCCCUCCCAGCCCGGCCGCUGCUCGGACCGGGGCCGCCACCUGCACGGCGGGGGAGCCGCUCGCCGCGGGAGCGUCAGGAGGUCACGCGUCCGCGGCUGAACCGCGGAAGGGCCGGUGAGGAGCUGGGCCUCGGGAGAUGGCCCCGGGGGCCCCCGCGCUGCUGCUGCUGCUGCUGCUGCUACUACUGCCGCCCCGCACCGCUGGCUGCCCAGCAGCCUGUCGCUGCUACAGCGCCACAGUGGAGUGCGGCGCCCUGCGGUUGCGUGUCGUCCCGCUGGGAAUCCCGCCAGGGACGCAGACACUGUUCCUGCAGGACAACAACAUCGCGCGCCUGGAGCCAGGAGCCCUGGCGCCGCUCGCCGCUCUGCGGCGGCUCUACCUGCACAACAACAGCCUGCGCGCCCUGGAGGCCGGCGCCUUCCGCGCGCAGCCGCGCCUGCUGGAGCUGGCGCUCACCAGCAACCGGCUGCGCGCCUUGCGCAGCGGCGCCUUCGCAGGCCUGGCCCAGCUGCGCGUGCUCUACCUGGCGGGCAACCAGCUGGCGCGGCUGCUGGAUUUCACCUUCUUGCACCUGCCGCGACUGCAGGAGCUUCACCUGCAAGAAAACAGCAUUGAGCUGCUGGAGGACCAGGCUCUAGCGGGGCUGUCCUCCCUAGCACUGCUGGACCUCAGCAGGAACCAGCUGGGUACCAUCAGCCGAGAGGCGCUGCAGCCCCUGGCCAGUCUGCAAGUCCUGCGCCUCACAGAGAACCCAUGGCGCUGUGACUGCGCCCUGCACUGGCUGGGUGCCUGGAUCAAGGAGGGCGGCCAGCGGCUGCUCACCUCCAGGGACAGGAAGAUUAUGUGUGCAGAGCCCCCGCGCCUGGCGCUCCAGAGUCUCCUGGACGUAUCCCACAGCAGCCUCAUCUGCAUUCCGCCCUCUGUCCACGUGCAGCCGCUGGAGCUCACAGCCAACCUGGGUGAGGACCUGCGGGUUGCCUGCCAAGCCUCCGGCUACCCGCAGCCAUUGGUGACCUGGAGAAAGGUGCCCCAGCCUCGCGAGGGCCGGCCGCAAGCCCAGGCCCAGCUAGAAGGCGGGGCGCCGGGCCUGGGCGGACACUCGGCAUCCGACACGGGCAGCGGCAUGCUCUUCCUCAGCAACAUCACGCUGGCCCAUGCCGGCAAGUACGAGUGCGAGGCCUCCAAUGCUGGUGGCGCUGCCCGCGUGCCCUUCCGACUCCUGGUCAACGCGUCCCGACAGCAGCCGCAGCAGCCCGCGCAACCGCCACCUCCGGCCGCCCGCCCCGCUGGUCGCGAGCCCCGGCCCGAGGCGGGAAGCAUGGCCUUCCGCGCCCUGGGCCUGGCCACGCAGACGGCCAUUGCGGCGGCCAUCGCGCUGCUGGCGCUCACGGCGCUGCUCCUGGUCGCCAUGAUCUGUCGCCGGCGCCGCAGGCGAAAAAAGGCGCGGGGGCCACCGGGGGAGGGCGCGCUGUUCGUCAACGACUACUCGGACGGCCCCUGCACGUUCGCACAGCUAGAGGAGCUCCGCGACGAGCGCGGACACGAGAUGUUCGUUAUCAACCGCUCCAAGCCGCUCUUCGCCGAGGGUCCGGCGGAGGCGCCGGCGGACUGCGGACCAGCAGAGGGGGCGGGGCCGGGACUCCGCGUGCCCCCGCCAGUCGCCUACGAGAUCCAUUGCUAGGGCGGCGGGCGCGGGCAGAUGACGUGGGCGCCGGGGAUUGGCCGGCGCGGCCGCGCACAUGCUCCGUCAGUAAAGGUGGAAGCCGCGCA